CCCAGCUGUCCCAGUCCAGUGGUCUGCUGGAAUGUCCCGUCAGAACCGUCCCAUGGUGCCCCGCGCGGACAGGUUCCCAUCGGGAAGAGUCAAGAUGGCGGAAGGGGGCCGGGAAGCGAAAGGCGGGGUCUUCGCCAAGAGCAUCAAACGGGCCACGCGCGCCAAGGAAAGGUUCUUACAGAGUAUCGGGAAGGCAGAGAAGUCAGAAAAGGACGAGACAUUCCAGGACUAUGUCGGCAACUUCAACAACCAACAGGCAGCUGCAGUCAAACUCCAAAAGGAGCUGAAAAACUAUGCAAACAGUGUUAAAGCAAUGUCCCUAGCCAGCAAAAACCUGAACGAUGCGCUGACGGAAGCGUACGGCGAUGACUGGCCGGACAAAGACGAGGUUCGGAACUCCCAGGACAGCAUGGACCUGCUGUGGUCGGACUAUCAGGAGAAGGUCACGCGGGAGGUCCUGUCACCGGUCAACACCUACCAGAGCCAGUUUCCUGAGGUCAAGCAAAGGAUAGCGAAGCGGGGGAGAAAACUGGUGGACUAUGACGCAGCCAGACACACACUCGCCACAGCACAGCAGUCCAAGAAAAGGGACGACGCAAAAUUACAAAAGGCCCAGGACGAGUGUCAGAAGGCCAAGAAGGUUUACGAUGACGUGAACAACGGUCUGAUGGACGAGCUUCCAGCGCUACACGACAGCCGAAUCGGGUUUUACGUGUCGACUUUCCAAGCGCUGUUUAGCAGCGAACAACGCUUCCAUACAGACAUGAGCCAGCUGAAAAGCAGACUGGGAGAUACACUGGAAAAACUUCAACAGGAGGCCAACACUGGCAAGUUUGCAACUAAAAGGCUACCCAGGUCUCCUGGUCCAUCCUCCCCAUCAAUGGCGGAGGUGGUGGAGGCUGCGAUCAAAAAACCCUCACUCCAGAACGAUACGGACCAUCCGUACGAGUCUGUAGACCUUCAUGCAGGGAUGAAGAACGGUGAAGUUGACGUCAAUGUCGGAAAACCGAAACUGCCAAGUGGCGAGAUCGAAGGACCGUCUGCCAAGGACGUGCCCGAUGCAGAAGUAGAAGCGACCGUAGACCCCGGGAAGGUUGACCUAGAAGCAGACGUCACGCCAAACAUAGCAGACGGGUCCGACAGAAUUCCCAGCCCCACAGAAAACGACAAACCCUCAGCUCCAGACGACAUCUUGUACUCGGUGAUCACGACCCACAGUUACACCCGAUGUGACUCAGACGAGCUGUCCUUCGAGACGGGGGAGACCAUCUACAUUAUUCCCUUUGAAGAUCCGGAUGAUGCGGAUGAAGGCUGGUUGAUGGGCGUGAAGGUUUCAGACAGCUCUAAAGGCCUGCUGCCAGAGAACCACACCAAGCGGCUCCAGACUUAAGCAGGGAGGGACAGGCAACUUUUUUUUACACAUAAACCUUAAAAAAACGUCAACAAAAAAUUAAUCCUCCAGCAAUUGACUUCCAACAUGGCUUUUGAGAGGGAUUCUCCCUAAUCAAUGUCAUGACAAAAAGUGCAGUGAAUAGUUAUCUUAGUUUUAAAUAUCGUAAAGCUUCUUUUGCAAGCUCCAAGCAAGGCAAAUUUAGAUAACUGCCCUCUGCUAUGACUCGUAUUGAGAACUGUUCUCACACAGAUCCUGUAACUUGAGAUUCUGCCUGUAAUAAGACCUCUUGCCACCAUGUAAGCUGUCAGUAACCUUGCCAGGUUUUUUAUACGUAGUUUUGACAGCUAGCUGCAAUUCUUUUAUUCUACUCUAUGCAAUGUCAGUUUAGAUUUUAUUACGACGUAGUUUGUUUUUAAAAAGCAAGCAAUAGUUUCUGCUGCUCCUGCAAUUCAAUAACAUAUUUUAUGUUGAUUCUAUUUGUAAAUUUCUGAUCAGAAUUCAUUUUAAUAGUAGUGUUAUAAUUACAAUUAGGUUGGGAAAACAGGCACUGAGUGUAGUUAUGAAUAUUUUAUGGUCUAUACAGACUGACAGUGGUACAGGUAUUUU